UAGCACAACAAUAGCGGAAAUUAAAAAGGUGCUUGCAAAAUUCACACCCUUUUCAAAGUUUGCGCGGACUGUCACUCCAUUCAAUUUCAAUGUUAUGGCUUACAUCGUCCUGUCAUAUUUCCUAAUAUUCAGUGGCUGUUGGAUAUCUGUAGUCAAGGGCGCGAAACCAGGAGAUGUAGAUAAGAUCUUGCAUUUACCAGGAGUUGGGGAACCACGAAACUUCUCACAAUACUCGGGAUACCUUAAUGGUGUUACUGACAAAAUCCAAAUUCACUAUUGGCAUGUUGAAGCUGCCAUAAAUCCAGAAUCUGCGCCUCUCAUAUUAUGGUUGAGUGGUGGCCCUGGAUGCUCAUCAUUGGAAGGUCUACUUUCUGAGAACGGUCCAUACCUAAUUAAAAAGGGACCUAUAUAUCCCUAUAAACUUGUAUAUAAUCCAUUCUCAUGGAAUAAGCUUGGAAAUGUGCUUUACUUGGAGUCUCCAGCCGGCGUUGGAUUCUCUUAUUCUCUCGAUGGUAAUGUUACCACUAACGAUGAUGAUCAGACGGCAUUAAAUAAUCUCCAUGCCCUGCUGCAUUUCUUAGAGAAAUUUCCAGAAUAUGAAGGUCGCAAACUGUAUAUCACUGGUGAAGGUUAUGGUGGUGUUUAUGUGCCUACACUAGCACUACUAUUACUUAGAAAUUCAUCAAAAUUUAAACUUGCGGGUAUUGCAGUUGGUAAUGGAUUGACAAGUUAUAAAUUGAAUGAUAACUCCUUCUUAUAUUUUAUCAGAUAUCAUGGUCUAAUCGGUGUAAGCUCAUGGAAUGAUCUACUAGCUAAAUGCUGUAGUGACCAAUGCUCAACCUCGUGUAUAUUCACUGACAAUAAGUCUGAAAAAUGUCAACGUAUCAUCAGUCAGUUGGCUGAAGAGCCCUUAAAGGGUAUAAAUAGAUACAAUUUAUAUUCUGAAUGUGUUGGCGAUGCAAGUAUGUCUAUGGCCAUAACAGAAAUAUCCCCUACUCGACAAUCCUCUAAACUGUAUAUCCAUCAUGACUUCGGUAAUAUGUUUCGUGAUAAUAUUUAUAUGAAAAAUCGUCGAAAUAUGAAUUCUGCCCUACGUCGUAAUUUGACUACACGUUUAACUAAGUCAUGUGUAGACGAUACAAUGAUACGUAGUUAUUUAAAUUCACCUGUUGUUCGUCGACUUAUCAAUGUAAAACCAGAUGUGCCAAAGGAAUGGGAUAUAUGCAGUGAUGAAGUUAAUCUUAAUUAUAUUCGUACUUAUGACGACUUAUCUGACCAGUAUAUGAAACUACUUCAAUCCAGAAUAUCUGUAUUGAUAUACAACGGUGAUAUCGACUUAGACUGGAAUUAUCUCGGUGGUGAAAUGUUCGUAGAUAAUUUGAAAUUAAAGCCCACUUUAUCACGUCGAGUUUGGUUGUACACCAAAAGAGAUGGUACAAAGCAGGUUGGUGGAUUUUGGAAAAUAUUUGAAAAUUAUGGUUCAAUGCUAAUGUAUGCUACAGUUCAUGGAGCAGGACAUAUGGUGCCUGGAGAUAAACCAGCUGCAGCUUUUUAUCUUAUGAAUAAAUUUAUUCAUGGUGAAGAUUUUCAACACAAUGGAGUUGAACGAAGGAGAUCGAUGGAGAAGCACCUAAUCCCAGUAUUACUUGUACUUUUCUAUAUUAUUAUUUUAUCUCUUUGAGUUUUAAUCUCUGUCUAUCUUCAAACAAAUGCUUUUAUGAUUCAUAUUAUCAUUGCAAAAAAAUGAAAAUCAGUGAUCUUUGGGUGGUUUUCUUUUUCUUAAAUGUGUAUAUAGAUAGAUAUACAUAUAUGUACGAAACCUACUUGUUAUUCUUUUGAAGAUAGAAUCUGUCCUAUUUUGAUGAAAUUGUAAGGCAUCUCGCUGUGUUUUAAGUUUUUUGUUGUUGUCUUAAUGUGUACACACACAUACGGACUGGAUGGAACGCCAUUUUGCCCUCUUGCCUUAUACUGCUAACAUGUACAUUCUGUGAUUAUUAUGUAAUUCAACCAUACCAUACCAUACCAUACCAGCUUGAUGUGUUCUAAAUCCUUUGUCUGAAUAAUCUUAACUUUUUAUUUGACUCAAAUAUAUAUAUAUAUAUAUACUACUCA